AGACGCUUAGGGAUCGGUUUUCUUCUUUCUUUCCCGGAUCGCGCUCCUCUCCCGAACGCUCCCACCCUACUAGCACUGCUGGCGAUCCCUCCUGGGCAGUCACUCCGAGAAGGGGCUGCUCCGGCCUUGGGGUGCGGCCGUACCCGGAUGUGGAGUCGCUCUCGCCCGGCGGGGGCUCUGUGGCGGGGCGGAGCGCGGAGGCGUGCGCGGGGCCAGAGAGAAGGGGGCCCCUGGGCCCGGGCGCUCGCCGGACGCCGGGAGGUACCAGCGCUGCCCGCCGGGGAGGAGGCGCCAGCGCUCGGCCUCCUACCCCGGGGCGAGGGACCGGGGGCGGGCGAAGGCCGGUCGUUCGGCUGGCCCGCCGCGGCCCUCGCCAGGCCCCCCGGGCGAGCCUCCCCCGGCCCUCUGCGUUCCCCGCGCUCCCGGCCGGGGGAGAGCGAGGUUUCCUGGCGGCCCUCGCUGUAGCCCGGCCGGGGAGCCCGGAGGAAGCGGGACAGUCCCCGCCCCCGGCCCCCUCCGCUCUGCCCGCUCGCCGCCGCCUCCGCCUCCGCCUCUGAGCCUCUGCGGGCCGGCUUCCCGUCCGAGCCGGGGGCGCGGCGGCGACGGCCCGGCCGCGGCGGGGGGCUCCGUGGAGCCCGGGCCGCCGCCCCCGUGAGUUACUCCCACGUCCCCCGGGGCUCGCUGCCGCCCCCGCCGGCGCCGAGAGUCCGGCCCGGGCCCAACUCCCUCACGGGCCCUCCGGCAGCGGCGGCGGCGGCGGCGGCAGCGGCGGAGCCCACCGCCCGGGCCCCGAUGAGUAACUCCCGCAACAACCGCGUGAUGGUGGAAGGGGUCGGGGCCCGCGUAGUGCGUGGCCCGGACUGGAAGUGGGGGAAGCAGGACGGUGGCGAAGGCCAUGUGGGCACCGUGCGGAGCUUCGAGAGUCCCGAGGAGGUGGUGGUGGUGUGGGACAACGGCACCGCCGCCAACUACCGCUGCUCCGGGGCUUACGACCUGCGCAUCCUGGACAGCGCGCCCACCGGCAUCAAGCAUGAUGGAACUAUGUGUGAUACCUGCCGCCAACAACCAAUCAUUGGCAUUCGAUGGAAGUGUGCAGAGUGUACAAACUAUGACUUAUGCACAGUGUGCUAUCACGGAGAUAAGCAUCACUUAAGGCAUCGCUUUUACAGAAUUACUACACCAGGAAGUGAGCGGGUUCUGUUAGAAUCUCGUAGAAAAUCUAAGAAGAUAACAGCCAGAGGAAUUUUUGCAGGUGCCAGAGUGGUACGAGGAGUUGACUGGCAGUGGGAAGAUCAAGAUGGAGGAAAUGGGCGUAGGGGAAAGGUAACAGAAAUCCAGGACUGGAGUGCAUCAAGCCCACAUAGUGCAGCUUAUGUUCUCUGGGAUAAUGGUGCUAAAAACCUUUACAGAGUUGGCUUUGAGGGCAUGUCUGAUCUGAAGUGUGUCCAGGAUGCCAAAGGAGGUUCUUUCUACAGAGAUCAUUGUCCUGUACUAGGUGAGCAAAAUGGCAACAGAAAUCCUGGUGGACUCCAGAUUGGUGACCUGGUCAAUAUAGAUCUUGACCUAGAAAUUGUACAGUCUUUGCAGCAUGGCCAUGGAGGAUGGACUGAUGGAAUGUUUGAGACUUUAACUACAACUGGAACUGUUUGUGGCAUUGAUGAAGAUCAUGACAUUGUAGUACAGUAUCCAAGUGGCAAUAGGUGGACCUUCAAUCCUGCUGUUCUCACAAAAGCAAACAUUGUCCGAAGUGGGGAUGCUGUGCAGGGUGCAGAAGGAGGCACUUCACAGUUUCAAGUGGGGGAUCUUGUACAAGUUUGUUAUGAUCUAGAAAGAAUUAAACUUCUACAAAGAGGACAUGGGGAAUGGGCUGAAGCCAUGCUUCCAACUUUAGGUAAAGUUGGCCGAGUACAACAGAUUUAUUCAGACAGUGAUUUAAAAGUAGAAGUUUGUGGAACAUCUUGGACAUAUAAUCCAGCAGCAGUUUCCAAGGUGGCAUCUGCAGGAUCAGCCAUUAGCAAUGCAUCUGGUGAAAGACUCUCCCAACUCCUGAAGAAGUUAUUUGAAACCCAAGAAUCUGGCGACCUCAAUGAAGAAUUAGUUAAGGCUGCUGCCAAUGGAGAUGUUGCUAAAGUGGAAGAUUUGCUAAAAAGACCAGAUGUGGAUGUAAAUGGGCAAUGUGCUGGCCACACAGCUAUGCAAGCUGCUAGUCAGAAUGGACAUGUUGAUAUUUUGAAGUUACUUUUGAAGCAAAAUGUGGAUGUAGAAGCAGAGGAUAAAGAUGGAGAUAGAGCAGUUCAUCAUGCCGCUUUUGGAGAUGAAGGUGCUGUUAUAGAAGUACUACACCGAGGCAGUGCUGAUCUAAAUGCUCGAAAUAAGCGCCGACAGACACCACUUCACAUUGCUGUUAAUAAAGGCCAUCUUCAGGUUGUGAAGACUUUAUUGGACUUUGGUUGCCAUCCCAGUCUCCAGGAUUCUGAAGGUGAUACACCUCUUCAUGAUGCUAUAAGUAAGAAACGCGAUGAUAUUCUGGCAGUUCUUUUGGAAGCUGGAGCAGAUGUUACCAUUACAAACAAUAAUGGAUUUAAUGCUCUACAUCAUGCUGCACUAAGAGGAAAUCCCAGUGCAAUGCGUGUUUUACUGUCAAAAUUACCAAGACCGUGGAUUGUGGAUGAAAAGAAAGAUGAUGGUUACACUGCUUUGCAUCUGGCUGCUCUAAAUAAUCAUGUAGAAGUGGCUGAACUCUUGGUUCAUCAGGGUAAUGCAAACUUGGAUAUCCAGAAUGUGAACCAGCAAACUGCCCUACACCUUGCUGUUGAACGACAGCAUACCCAGAUUGUUAGGCUUUUGGUCCGUGCAGGAGCCAAACUAGACAUUCAGGAUAAGGAUGGAGAUACUCCUUUGCAUGAAGCUCUGAGGCACCACACUUUGUCUCAACUCCGUCAGCUGCAAGAUAUGCAAGAUGUGGGGAAGGUAGAUGCUGCCUGGGAACCAUCAAAAAACACAUUAAUAAUGGGACUUGGUACUCAGGGGGCAGAGAAGAAGAGUGCAGCAUCGAUUGCCUGUUUCUUGGCAGCCAAUGGUGCUGACCUUAGCAUUCGAAAUAAGAAGGGUCAAUCACCACUUGAUCUCUGUCCUGAUCCAAGUCUCUGCAAAGCACUGGCAAAAUGUCAUAAAGAAAAAGUCAGUGGUCAAGUGGGUUCUCGGAGUCCUUCUAUGAUUAGUAAUGAUUCUGAAACCUUAGAAGAGUGUAUGGUAUGCUCAGAUAUGAAGAGAGAUACUCUUUUUGGACCAUGCGGACAUAUUGCAACCUGCUCUUUAUGUUCUCCACGUGUCAAGAAAUGCCUCAUCUGUAAAGAGCAAGUUCAGUCCAGGACAAAGAUUGAAGAAUGUGUGGUAUGCUCUGACAAGAAAGCUGCUGUUCUUUUUCAGCCUUGUGGACACAUGUGUGCUUGUGAGAACUGUGCUAGCCUAAUGAAAAAGUGUGUGCAGUGUCGCGCAGUGGUUGAACGAAGAGUGCCUUUCAUUAUGUGCUGUGGAGGGAAAAGCUCAGAAGAUGCCACUGAUGAUAUCUCAAGUGGGAAUAUUCCGGUGUUGCAAAAGGACAAGGAUAAUACCAAUGUCAAUGCAGAUGUGCAAAAGCUGCAGCAACAGUUGCAGGACAUUAAGGAACAGACAAUGUGCCCUGUGUGUUUGGAUCGUCUGAAGAAUAUGAUUUUCCUUUGUGGCCAUGGUACAUGCCAGCUCUGUGGAGACCGCAUGAGUGAAUGUCCUAUUUGUCGCAAGGCUAUUGAACGAAGGAUUCUUUUGUACUAAGAAGCCUAGAGUGUUUUGUUAGCUAAAGUAUAUGGUCACGAGAUCUUAGUAAGCUUUUAAGCUGCUUGGAAGUUGUAAUGAAUUAACUUGUACUUUCAUAAUUUCUUUACUCCAGGGUAAUUAGACUGUUAACUAUACUAGAACAACAGCCACAAAAUGCUGUACCUUACAGUGUUGGAAAAUAUGAAUUUUUUUUUUUUUAGUUUGAAGCAUCAAAUACAUAAUUCAUAGAUAAUUUACUUUGGGCUUCUAGGGGAAACAUCCUUGAAGAGAAAACACCCUUUUUGUUUCUAUUGCAUUUUCUCCUAUAAUUUACAAAUUUGUUAAACUGCAAAAGACCUAGUUCUGUAUAACAGGUUAUCCCUCGUGUAUCACAACUACAUCAUGAAAUGACACUGGUAAUUCUGAAAAGUCCUGCUUCAAAAGGAAGGGGCAAAUCAGACUAUUAGGUCACCUGUAUUAGGUGAUAAAUCCUAAGUACAAAUUCUGCAUGGCUAAGGAAGAAAGUAAUAAACUGUCUGUGUUUAAGACAACAAUUACCCAAAUGUUACUUUCUGAAUUUUUAGCAUAAAUGGAAGAAGCAUGGAGUAAGAAGAUGACCUUUACAUUUAGCUUAUUUUCUGGAUUUAAAAGGAUAAUUGUUUAACUGAAAUCAAUACACCAGUUUUAAAAUGCUGGCUAGAAAUGAGGAGAAAAAACUAGGCAAUCAUUGUGAAGAACUAAAAGGGGUGAACAAUGAGAGAAUAUCUAUAACUUAUUACCAAUUGAAUUCCUUAUAUUAAUUGAUAAUGUUUAGUUCAGCUAGCCUUU